GUCUUUCUUGUAAUUCUUUUUAUUAAAAAUGCACUAGUCACAAGAGCUGGUACUGGCUGAUGAUUUUCCUUGAUGACCCGUGGUUCAGCUCUUCCCAAUAAAGGAGUUGAUGUGAGAGAUGCCCUUUAUCAGAAGCAGAAUAAAAUGGCGAAGUGUCACACCUGGAGACCACACAAGCAAAACAAACCCUCCCACCGUGUCAUCUCCCUGGCUGUGUUAUAAAGAACAGCCAGAGUUCAUAACUGGGUUCCUCUUUGUUGCUAUAGAGGAUUGGCAAGAGAUACAGCAGGCACUGUGGGAGCUGACUAAACAGAGAGAACUACCCAGUGUGUUUGUAAACAGGCAGCAUAUAGGAGGCUGGGAAAAGACCUCACAGAGCCCAGCUGUUCCUGUCUCUCACUGCAACCUUGAAUAAACCUUGAAGCUAAAGCAAAGCCGGUGUGCAGAGAGGGAAGGUUGCAGACACUGCUGGAGAUGCAGGAGUUUAACCUCAGCCCAGACUUGUACGACUAUGAUCUGGUGGUUAUCGGAGGGGGGUCUGGAGGACUGGCUGCUGCAAAGGAAGCUGCCAUGUAUGGGAAGAAAGUUGUGGUCCUCGACUAUGUAACCCCAACUCCCAAGGGAACAACAUGGGGUCUCGGUGGGACUUGUGUCAAUGUGGGCUGUAUUCCUAAGAAACUGAUGCACCAGGCGGCCAUUUUGGGACAAGCCAUUCGUGACUCGCAGAGAUAUGGCUGGGAGCUUCAAGAAAAAGGUAAGAAAGUGUCUCACAACUGGAGCAGCAUGAGGCAGGCGGUUCAGGAUCACAUUGGCUCACUGCGCUUUGGCUACAGCAAGGCUCUGAGAGACAGCAAGGUUACCUACAUGAACGCCUAUGGGGAGUUUGUUGGUCCUCACCAGAUCAAGGCAACAAACAGUAAAGGAAAGGAGACUUUUUACACAGCUGCAGCCUUUAUCAUAGCAACGGGAGAGAGGCCGAGAUAUUUAGGCAUCCCUGGAGAUAAGGAAUAUUGCAUUACCAGCGAUGACCUGUUCUCCCUGCCUCAGAGUCCUGGUAGGACGUUGGUUGUUGGUGCCUCUUAUGUGGCACUGGAGUGUGCUGGCUUCCUGGCAGGACUCGGCCUGGACAUCUCGGUGAUGGUGCGCUCCAUCCUGCUCAGGGGGUUUGACCAGCAGAUGGCGAACAAGAUCGGAGAGCACAUGGAGCAGCACGGGGUCACGUUCAUCCGGCAGUUUGUACCCACCAAGGUUGAACAGAUUGAAGAAGGCAGCCCAGGAAAACUGAAAGUGACAGCCAAGUCAACAGAUGGAAAAGAGACUUUUGAAGGAGAGUAUAAUACAGUGUUACUUGCAAUUGGUAGGGAUGCCUGCACCCGUACUAUUGGUCUGGACACUGUGGGAGUGAAGGUCAAUGUAAAGACUGGUAAGAUCCCGGUAAACGAGGAAGAGCAGACGAACGUGCCCCAUGUCUACGCAAUCGGUGAUGUACUGGAGGGCAAGCUUGAACUGACCCCUGUGGCAAUCCAAGCAGGCCGACUUCUGGCCAGGAGGCUGUACACAGAGCACAGCACAAAGUGUGACUACACCAACGUUCCAACCACUGUAUUCACUCCACUAGAGUAUGGGGCUUGUGGCUUGUCGGAAGAGGACUCCAUUCAGAAGUAUGGGGAGGACAACGUUGAGGUGUAUCACAGUAACUUCUGGCCACUGGAGUGGACUGUGCCUGCCAGGGAUAAUAACACAUGCUAUGCAAAAAUUAUCUGCCACAAGCAAGACAGUGAACGAGUCGUAGGUUUCCAUGUCCUUGGACCAAACGCUGGAGAAAUGACCCAGGGCUUUGCAGCAGCAAUGAAAUGCGGAAUGACAAAGGAACAGCUUGACAACACAAUAGGGAUUCAUCCUGUCUGCGCUGAGGUUUUCACCACAUUGUCAGUAACAAAACGCUCAGGAGGGGAUAUAGCUAAGGGUGGCUGCUGAGGUUAGUACCCUGCUGUUGACACUCGUUGCCAUUUCUGAUAAACUCUGGCUACCACAAUGGAAUCCGUAAGAUAAAAGGUAUGAAUCAAUAAAAAAAGCACACCUUUUGCAAUGUAGUUUCUGCAAUUUAGUUUCUACCUUGACCCCCUUCUAUACAUGCUCAAAAGGGAUUACUUGGGAUUGGGUGGCUUGAGUUUUGCCUUGGCAACCUGUAUAGCAGCAGGGGACCCUAGUUGAAGAUUCCAAGUAGUGAACUGCUGUGCUGCAGGGCCCCCUGGAGUGCUCCCAUGACGUCUCAGCCUGGAACCGACCACAAGAGGUGGGCUGGGACUGAAAAACUGCCGGCACAGUAUGGAAACACUUGGUUGUUUGUGAAAGAUACUUAAUAUAUAUUUAGAUUUAAAAAGUGUAUGUAAUACUGAAUAUUUUAGCUGGUCUUGUACAAUUUCACAAUUUUACACUGUUCAAUCUCUCUUUUGUAAACCAAGCAAUUUACUUUUCCCCCAAAACUGAGGGAGUCCCUGUUUAGGUACAUUCAAACAUGCUCCUAGAAAGAUCUGUUUACAAAUAAGCAGGGAAACAAAGCUUUGAAAUGCUCAUUACAGUAAAGGCAUCGUUGUUACUUGGAGCUACUGUGUAUAUGGGGCUAGCAUUACAUUUUGGGGGAGAUCUCUGUAGUCUUGAAAGCUUGUGAUUAUUUAUUGUUUAGUUAGUCCAGUAAAAGGUAUCACCUCUCCUAUUUGUUUAAUGCUUAAUAAAUUAAUGUCUAAUAAAUAGAGUUGAAAACCUAAUACAAAGGCAAUUAGAUAAUGAACUGUAUGUACACUUAUUAGGGAACAGUGAUACAAUGUAGUUUAAUAAAUCAUAUUUUUUCAAUAUUUAUAUUUUACAUCCUUGUUUGUUGUUGUUUUACCAGCCUAUACUCUUGCCUUUUAAAUUUUAUUUCCAGAAUGUAUUAAAGCUUGCUUUUUAUUAAAAUGUAUACCAGUUACUCCAAUGUGCUAUUGUAAUGACAUCUCAUGUUUGCAGACCAGAUGUGUCUGACAUUUUAAUAGAUGGGAAAUGUAAUCAUUACACCAUACAGCAACAGCUAUUUUAAAAAUAUGUAGCAUUUAGUUAGGCAGUAAAGUAGCUCUAUUAGCAAUUGAUUUUGUGUUUACCCUGUGCAGCAGAGCCA